AUUGGAAGGGGUGAAAUUGAAAAAGAACACCAAACCUAUUUUGGGUACCCAUUGGAAUUGCUCUCGUCCAUUCGAAGGACAUAAAUACCCCUUGUUAUUUUCAGCUCUCACUCCUAUCGUCCCUGUAACGGUUACUCUGUUUUGGGUUUUAGGAAAAUCACAAGAAUCCUCAAACCCUUCUAAGUAUCUGCAAAACCUCAGAGCUGGCGCCUUGCUUCCAAUGGUGGCUUUUCAGCACUUCACGAACAUGCAUGACGUUGAGCUGAAACCUCGUCUGCUUCGUUCUUUGCUCAAAGACCAAGUCCCCGACGAGAAACGCCCGUUUAAGAGCCCAUCGGACUUGUCUCGAGUCAUCAACUUGGUUCAAACCCACAAACUCUUGUCGGAGUCUUUUACCGAAACGAUUGAAGAGAAACGGAUUCAGCAUUGGAAAUCUUCUUUCGACGAAUGGGUCGAGCGGCUGCUCACGCUUGUUACUAUUAACUCGUCAGAUAAAUGUUGGGCGGGAAUCUGUUUGCUGGGGGUGACUGCUCAAGAAUGCAGUUCCGACCGCUUCUCGGCAUCAUACACCAUUUGGUUUGAGAAGUUUCUGUUACAUAUUCAGCAGCAGCCAGCUGAUUCUCGAUUUGUGAAGGUGGCUUCUUGCAAUUCAAUUUCAGAUAUGAUCACAAGGUUGGGUGGAUCUUCAAAUUCACAGAAGGAUGGGACCCCUCUUGCUGGCAAAAUUAUGCAGCCCAUGUUGAUGCUGCUCACUGAGGAUAGCUCAGAGGCAGUAUGGGAGGGUGCUGUUCAUUUGCUAUGCACCAUUAUAACUUAUUUCCCAGCUGCUGUUCAGCGCCAUUAUGAUAGCGCUGAAGAGGCCAUUGCUUUUACAAUUGUUUACAGAAAGUGCAGUGCUGCUAUGCUGAAGAAGUUUGCUUGCUGCCUAGCAUUGCUUCCUAAAUCUAAAGGAGAUGAGGACAGCUGGUUCAUAAUGAUGCAAAAGAUUUUAUUGUUGGUAAACAGUGAACUGAGUGACAUAUUCCAAGGUUUAGAAGAAGAAAUCUGACGUAAUGAAGCUGUCACCAGGGGGCUCACUCAAUGCAACAAAGAGGUCUGAGGAAUUGACGAUAUCCUGCAUUUCAGCUCUGAUGCAUAGCUGCUGUGAAAUGCUUACAAUCCCUUAUCCUGCUCAGGUUAACUUUUGGCUCUUUCAUACUACUUCAGUGGGAAUAGAAUGGUAGAUCUAUUCAAUUUAAUUUUGAUAAUAUGAAGUGGCUUUCCAGAGGAGCAUAAGACUAACUGAGACUGCAAUUGUUAAUUAUAUUCAAGUAUCAUAUUUCAACUAAUAGGUAAAAGUCCCAAUUCGUUCGCUGUUAGCCCUAGUUGAAAGAGUGCUGAUGGUGGAUGGAUCCUUGUCACGUAACAUGCUACUGUUUAUGACUGCCAUGCAACAAGAGUUAAUUUGUGCAGAACUUCCAGUUUUGCAUUUGUCCAGUUUGGAACUAUUAAUCUCUGUCAUAAAGGGUAUGCGCAGUCAGGCUUUGCCACAUGGUGCGUAUAUUUUGCGACUCAUAAAAGAGUAUUUCAAAAGAUGUGUGUUACCAGAUUUAAGGAUAAAGCUCUAUUCAAUCACAGAGGUUUUACUGAGAUCCAUGGGUAUUGGUAGGUACCAACUCUUGAGUCAUUCUUUAUCUCUGUUACAUUGCUUUAUGCCAAGUGUCUGUUUCCUCUAUCUGCAUGCGUUUUGACUUUGUUUUCCCUGCCCUGGCAUUUUCUUCUCACUCAAUAAUGGACAUUGCUUGAGCUACAUGCCUCUGAACUGGAUUCUGGUGAAGAUUGAAUUAUAUUUUUCUUAUUUAUUUUUCCACUUCAUGGGGCUGAGAUUAUUUGUUGAGUUCAGCCAGCUGCCUAUGCUGGCUUCGACCCUCUAUAUUGUUAAAGACAUUGUCUCUUUUCACGUUCAAGCAUAUAAGCUCGAACUUCAUAUAGCGAAUAUUAGGUUGAACUGUCAAGAUUGAUUGGUAUAACUUUUAAGGUUUAAUUAUUCUAAGAGCACUCAAGAAAAUAUUCAGCAUUUUUUGUGCAUGAUAGUGUCGCAAGAUUCACCAUCCAGGAGAUGGGAGUAGAUAUCCCAUUUUCUUUGCUUUUUUACUCUCCCUCACUUCCUUCUCUAUCGUUUUCUUAAGGCAUGAUGAUGAUGUGCUACAAUAGCUGGGGUUGGGGAAAUCAAAUGCUUAAACUUGAUAGUUGAUAUGCAUAUUGUGAAACCUUGUGACUAGAAAGCCAGCUUGUAAUAUUAUUCUUCUUUGGUGUAUUUGCAUGUUAGCCUAAAUUUUAUUCAUUAGAAUGAA